GAGCGGGCGGGGCCCGAGCGGGCUGGGCCGGGGGCCGGUGGCGGCGGAGGCUGCGGUGGGCGGCCCUGCCAUGGCCCACUUCGAGACCCAGUACCAGCGCCUGGAGAGUUCCUCCACCGAGUCCCCGCCCGGCGGCGGCGACCUGCUCGUCCACGUCCCCGAGGGCGCCAAGUCUCCGUGGCAUCACAUCGAGAACCUGGACCUCUUCUUCUCUCGCGUCUAUAACCUGCAUCAGAAGAAUGGCUUCACUUGCAUGCUCAUUGGAGAGAUCUUUGAGCUCAUGCAGUUCAUCUUUGUGGUGGCAUUCACCACCUUUCUUAUCAGCUGUGUUGAUUACGACAUUCUUUUUGCCAACAAAGCAGUAAAUCACAGCCAGCAUCCCAGUGAACCCAUUAAGGUGACUCUGCCAGAUGCUUUCCUGUCUCCAGAUGUCUGCAGUGCAAGAAUCCAGGCAAACAGCUUCCUCAUCUGCAUCCUGGUGAUAGCUGGGGUUUUCUGGAUCCACCGACUCGUCAAGUUUAUCUACAACAUUUGCUGCUACUGGGAGAUUCACUCUUUCUACAUCAAUGCCUUGAAAAUCCCCAUGUCCACCCUGCCAUACUACACGUGGCAGGAGGUGCAGGCUCGCAUCGUGCAGAUCCAGAAGGAGCACCAGAUCUGCAUCCACAAGAAGGAGCUGACGGAGCUGGACAUUUACCACCGCAUCCUCCGCUUCAAGAACUACAUGGUGGCCAUGGUGAACAAGUCACUGCUGCCUAUCCGCUUCCGCCUGCCCCUGCUGGGAGACACCGUCUUCUACACACGGGGGCUCAAGUACAACUUUGAGCUCAUCUUCUUCUGGGGGCCUGGUUCCCUCUUUGAGAACGAGUGGAGCCUGAAGGCUGAGUACAAGCGGGCUGGGAACCGCCUAGAGCUGGCUGAGAAGCUCAGCACUCGCAUCCUCUGGAUUGGCAUUGCUAACUUCCUCCUCUGCCCCCUCAUCCUCAUCUGGCAGAUCCUCUACGCCUUCUUUAGCUACACAGAGAUCCUGAAGCGGGAGCCGGGUAGCCUGGGUGCCCGCUGCUGGUCUCUCUACGGCCGCUGUUACCUCCGUCACUUCAAUGAGCUGGACCAUGAACUGCACUCACGCCUCAGCAAAGGGUACAAGCCAGCUUCCAAGUACAUGAACUGCUUUAUCUCCCCGCUCCUCACCAUCGUGGCCAAGAAUGUGGCCUUCUUUGCUGGCUCCAUCCUGGCUGUGCUCAUCGCUCUCACCAUCUAUGAUGAGGAUGUGCUGGCGGUGGAGCACGUUCUCACCACGGUCACCCUGCUUGGGGUGGGCAUCACAGUGUGCAGGUCUUUCAUCCCUGACCAGCAUCUGGUAUUUUGCCCAGAGCAGCUGCUGCGAGUCAUCCUGGCACACAUCCACUACAUGCCUGACCACUGGCAGGGCAAUGCCCACCGCUAUGAAACCAGGGACGAGUUUGCCCAGCUCUUCCAGUACAAAGCGGUCUUCAUACUGGAGGAGCUCCUGAGCCCCAUCAUUACACCCCUGAUCCUCAUCAUCUGCCUGCGACCCAAGUCCUUGGACAUUGUGGACUUCUUCCGCAACUUCACUGUGGAGGUGGUGGGUGUGGGUGACACCUGCUCCUUUGCCCAGAUGGACGUGCGCCAGCAUGGCCACCCCGCGUGGAUGUCAGCAGGAAAGACGGAGGCCUCCAUUUACCAGCAGGCUGAGGAUGGCAAGACAGAGCUGUCCCUCAUGCACUUUGCCAUCACCAACCCCAAGUGGCAGCCACCCCGCGAGAGCACGGCCUUCAUUGGCUUCCUGAAGGAGCGGGUGCACCGGGACAGCAGUGUAGCACUGGCUCAGCAAGCUGUGCUCCCUGAAAAUGCCCUCUUCAGCUCCAUCCAGUCCUUGCAGUCGGAGUCAGAGCCACACAGCCUGAUUGCCAAUGUAAUAGCAGGCUCCUCAGCACUGGGCUUCCACAUGGGCCGGGACGGACAGGCCUCCCGCCACCUCUCCGAAGUGGCCUCGGCCCUGCGCUCCUUCUCCCCUCUCCAGUCUGCCCAGCAACCUCCCAGUGGCUUCCAGACAGCAGGAAGGGAUGGAGAGGGAGCCCAGCCUCGUGGCGCCAGUGCCAUGACAGCCUCUGGUGCUGAUGCAAGGACUGUGAGCUCAGGGAGCAGCGCCUGGGAGGGUCAGCUGCAGAGUAUGAUCCUGUCGGAGUAUGCCUCCACCGAGAUGAGUCUCCACGCACUCUACAUGCAUGAGCUGCACAAGCAGCAAGCUCAGCUGGAGCCUGAGCGGCACACUUGGCACCGUCGUGAGAGCGAUGAGAGCGGGGAGAGUGCCCAUGAGGAGGUGGACACUCAGCGUGGUGCCCCCGUCCCCAUCCCUCGCUCUGCCAGCUACCCCUUCUCCUCAUCGCGGCAGCCUGCUGAGGAGACAGCCACGCUGCAGACUGGCUUCCAGCGGCGAUAUGGUGGCAUCACAGACCCAGGCACAGUACACAGAGCCCCAUCACACUUCUCCCGCCUCCCUCUGGGAGGCUGGGCUGAGGACGGGCAGUCAGCAAGACACCCAGAGCCUGUACCAGAGGAGAGCUCAGAGGAUGAGCUUCCACCACAGAUCCACAAGGUAUAGCCUUGUAGACUGGGGAUCUGACAGGGGUUGCAGACUGGGAGCCGCCUGGGCAGCAGGAUGUGGCGUCAGCCUGAUGCUUCUUCUGUCCUGAGUGGACAGGAUUGUCCCAGGCUCCGUUUUGUUGCCAUCAGUUGCUGAAGAGACAAAACUGCCCAGCCAGUGGCUUUGCGGCGGCACCUCAUGUCCAGCCGUGUGUCCAGUCAACGCCACUCUGACUCUUGUGGGGUGAAUGUGUGUGUGAGUACAUACCUGUGUCUGUGGUCACAUCUGUGUCGUCCGUGUCGGAGGAUUGCUGCAGAACCUGCGAAAGCUGGUGUCACAGGACUAGCAGUGGGAAGCUGUGGACUGGCUUGAAGGUGGCUGCUAUUCCAAGGGAUGUGAGAUGGCCUCAGCUCCAGCUAUCCACUCAGAGCUGAGACUGGCCACCUAAAUGAAGGCAGGAGCUGUUGAAGGAGGUCUAAUUUGGCCUACAGCCCUGAGGAGGUGCCCAGCACCGUGUUCACCCUCCCAGAGAGGACCACCAUUGUGCCCCUCAGCCUGGACCAGGACAGCAGUGGGGCAGUUGCCUACCCCUCUGCCUCAGCACCCUGCAGAGAGAUGAGCUCCGGCUGCUGCUGGUGUGGAUAGGGGUGGGAUCUAGAGCUGGUGGGAACAGCUCUGGCUGGGAUGCAGGGAUGCUGCAGCUCUUCCCUAGCUCCCACAACAGCUGGACCAACCCCUGCACCCAAGGAAGGGUCAGUGGGGUGAAAGUUCUGGGUCCCUAACAUUCCUCCCAGCGGGCCACCUCAUGCCAUAUCUCUGGGCUAGGGCAGCAGCAUCCUCCCCACUGCAUGGCACCCAUGGGAUGUGGGCUGCCUGUGGGCUCUCCUGCAGUGCCAAAGAGACCUUAGUGCAGGGCAGCUGGCAUCUCCCACCCUGAAGGCCUUGUGCUCUGUGUGCUGGUGCCCUUCCCAGGCAUGCUAAAGGUCUUUGCCCCAUGCACAGGCUGUGGUGUGUUGGGUCUGUCCUCCUGAUGCAGCUGUUUCUGUGGUUUUGGGCCUUUCCUCUUCCCAAGCAAAGGUUUCAGUGUCUCGCAUCUCACCUGGGGGCUCCCAGCUCCUCUUUCCUUCCUGAAGCCAUCCUUUUGCUUGCAACAUGGCUUUGGCUGCUAUGGAGGCCAUAUCUCAAGCAGCUGGCUGGUGCCUGCUGGAGCAAGGAGUCCCCUCAACCUGGGAGCAAGUGGCAAACCCCAGCCUGGCCUUGGUGUGGCUAAUGGGGGAUCAGGAUGCCGGCUGUGCAGCAUGGCCUUGGACAAGCUGUUCCCACCAUUGUUCAGGUUCCCAUCUCUUCCAGUGGCAGCUUGUGAGGAUCUGCAUCCCAACUAACCCCUGCUAGGCUUUGCUUUCCCCUCCCUCCCUUUUCUCCUUGCCUUGCACAAGGGCUGUUUGCUUUUGCCAUGCCCUCUGAGGGCACUGCAGGUUCUUCCUUCCUGGAGUCCAGGGCCUCCUCUCUUCUCCCUGCCAGGAGUUUUGCGCUCUGCCCUUUGAGCCUGUGCAGGGUGGUGCUGGUGAGCUGUUGGCUCCCCGGGGUAUGUGUACCAAGUGCACAGGGCAUGAGCAGGGCUGGGGUGUUCAUAAAGAAGGCUCUUUGGGGGUGGUGAACUCCCUGCUGCAAUGGGGAGACACAGACUGGAGCUGCAACUGCUCUGAUGUCUGUAGGAGUCCAAGUGGAGCGUGUUAAAGCAGAGCUUGGGGGGAUUCAGCUCUUUGCUGCUGGGGUCAGGUCUGAGCGGAGCCAGGGGUCUGUGGACCUGGGUGCUGCUGGGGUCCUCUCACAGAGGGGCAGCUGGGGCUUAGCACUGUCACGGCAGAGGGAAACUGAAAGCAAAUCUGGCAGUGCGUUUGCCCGUGGGAACCCAGGCUUUCCCCUGCCCUCUAGGCUGCCACUCUGCCUGGAGCUGAGCAGAAGGCGGGCAGUGCCCAGGAAUUGGGGGGAAGUCUGGGCCUCUCCCUGGGCUAGUAGGACAGAGCGGCCGGGCGGGAGCGGGCCAGAGUCCUUGCCGCAUGUUGUGCUUGUGACGUCGGUGUCCCCAUGUGCAUGGCGAGCCGCCCACCCUCACCUCCUCCCGGGGCGUGCGGGCGCGGGGGACCCUGGAGCGCGUGGUACCGCACCCCCCGCGCCCUUGCUGUACAGCUGUAUGGCCGUCUAAUAAAGAUGGGGUGUAUCAUCCCU